CCAUUAGUGUGUACUUGAAAUUGACGUUUCUGUAAAAAACUGACUAGUCAAAAUUUGUUUUUGUUACCGGUUUGUUGAAAAUCUUGUGUAACAGUUCAUAAUAAUGUCGGGUAAUGAUGAGAAAAUCGAGCAUUUUCGAUCAAUCACUGGUGUAAAUGAAGAACGCGCCAGGUUUUACCUGGAAGCAGCGUCCUGGACUUUGGAGAUGGCUUUAGCAAGUUUCUAUGAUGCAGAUGCUGACAGUCAAUCAGAUGUGGAGGUUAUUGACCAACCAUCAGACACUGAGCCAACAACACCACUUGCCAAGCCCAAGCCAGAGAAGAAAAAGGUAAACUCGAAAUUUGCAACAAUCCACACACUCAAUAAUUCCAGUGAUGAGGAGGAGGAUGGUCAGGCAUUCUAUGCUGGAGGAUCAGAGCACAGUGGGCAGCAGGUGCUGGGGCCUAAGAAGAAAGACAUAGUGGCUGACAUGUUUAAGUCUGUGAAAGAACAUGGAGUUGAAGUAUUGGAUAACCAAGCAAGUGGUUCUUCAGCUUUCAGGGGCACUGGUUACAAAUUAGGACAGACUAGUGAUGACACAGAAACAGUCCCAGGUGCACCAGUUCCUUCAAAGCCUGUACAGGUCACUUUGAAGUUAUGGAAAGAAGGAUUCAGCAUUGAUGAUGGUGCAUUGAGGAUGUACACUGAUCCCGCGAAUCAGGAAUUUCUGACUAGCGUCAGAAGGGGAGAAAUACCAACGGAACUCAGAAGGGAUGUUAGCGAGGUGCACGUGAGCAUGGAAGAUCAUCGCAUGGAGACGUUUGCGAAGAAAUCAGAAAGGUUUUCGAGGAAGGCAUUCUCAGGACAGGGACAUACUUUGGGUAGCCCAACUCCGCCGACAAUUGGAGCUCCUCUGGACGAGGAUCGCAACGUCAACGAAUCUCAUGCUAGAGAGAACCUUCAUGUGGAUUCCAAUCAGCCAACAACAAAUUUACAGAUUCGUUUGGCCGAUGGGACUAGAUUGGUGGGACAAUUCAACCAUCAGCACACCAUUGAGCAAAUCAGAUCGUUCAUUGUGACAGCAAGGCCCCAAUACGAGAUGCGUUCGUUCGCGCUGCUCACCUCUUUUCCACCCAAGGAGCUGCAGGACAAGCAGACAAUUGUCGAUGCAGGAAUUUUGAAUUCCGCCAUCAUACAAAAAUUAACUUAAUUAUGUUAUUUAUUUGAUAUACUUUUAAGGAUCUAUAAGGGCUAACAUUUCCCCUCUAAUUUCAUUUUCUAAUG